AGGCGGGCCUCGGUGGGAGGGACGCACUGAGGGAGGAGGGAGGAAAGGAAAGGGGGCGGCGGCGGCGGCAGCGGCGGUAGCGGCGGCGGCAGCGGCGGCGGCGGCAGCAGCAGCCGCGGCGGUAGCGGCGGCGGCUCCUCUCACCGGAUCCGGUCCCCGCGCGGCGCGCACCCGAGGGGGGUCGGGCGGGGAAGCGGCGCCGUCCCGGACCCCCCCGCGGGAGCAAGCGGCGGGCGAGAAGGCAAGGCAGCGGCAGCGGCAGACAGGGAGCAGCGGCUGCCGGGAUAGUGUCUGCAGCCUUCUCUCAAGUUUUUCACCGUGAAUUGUUGUGUGUCGAACUGGACAAGGUAUCUUAGUUGAAGCUUCAUCAUUUGAAACAUUGGAGACUACUGAAAAGAAGGUGCUUUUAGAGCUGGAGAUGUGAAUAAGACUCCUGUGCCAGAGAUCAUAAAUCAUCUUGAGGAUCCCGCCAGGAUGACGUUUAGUUGUCAUGUCUCCUUAGGCUCUUCUUGCUGUGACAAUUUCUCAGACUUUCAUUGGUUUGAUGACCUUGUCAGUUGUGAGGAGAACUGAUCAGAAAAUGAAUGCGGUGUUGGAAGAUCAUUACUAUUGGAAGGCCGGUUAGCAUCAGUUUCCUAACAGAUACUUGACCACCAUUUGUUCUGGCAUGGCGCAGAGCACUCCACAGCUUGAUAUGCAGGUUCUCCAUGACCUCCGACAACGUUUCCCGGAGAUUCCAGAGGGUGUUGUGUCUCAGUGCAUGUUACAGAACAACAACAAUCUUGAAGCCUGUUGCCGAGCCCUUUCCCAGGAGAGUAGCAAAUACUUAUAUAUGGAAUACCAUAGUCCAGAUGACAACAGGAUGAAUAGAAAUCGCCUUUUGCAUAUUAAUCUGGGUAUCCAUUCUCCUAGUAGCUACCACCCAGGAGAUGGGGCACAACUUAACGGGGGUCGAACACUGGUACAUAGCUCAAGUGAUGGACAUAUUGAUCCACAGCAUGCAGCAAGUAAACAGCUGAUAUGUUUAGUUCAGGAACCACACUCUGCUCCAGCUGUUGUGGCUGCUACUCCAAACUACAAUCCAUUUUUUAUGAAUGAACAGAACAGAAGUGCAGCCACUCCUCCUUCGCAGCCACCUCAGCAACCAUCUUCCAUGCCAACAGGAAUGAAUCCGUCUGCUAUGCAAGGGCCUUCGCCGCCGCCACCUCCUUCAUACAUGCACAUACCUCGGUAUAGCACAAAUCCGAUUACUGUUACAGUAUCCCAGAACCUCCCUUCUGGACAGACUGUACCAAGAGCUUUACAAAUUCUUCCACAAAUUCCAAGCAAUCUCUAUGGGUCUCCUGGUUCUAUUUAUAUUAGACAGACAUCUCAGAGUUCAUCGGGAAGACAAACUCCUCAGACUACACCAUGGCAGUCCUCACCACAGGGCCCAGUGGCUCACUAUAGCCAACGGCCUUUACCUGUUUAUCCACAUCAACAGAACUAUCAGCCUUCUCAGUAUUCUCCCAAACAGCAGCAGAUUCCUCAACCUGCUUACCAUUCACCACCUCCUUCUCAAUGUCCUUCACCCUUCAGCUCUCCACAGCAUCAAGUGCAACCUUCCCAGCUGGGCCACCCAAGUUCCCACGUCUUUAUGCCUCCUAGUCCUUCAACUACUCCACCCCAUCCAUAUCAACAAGGACCUCCUAGCUAUCAGAAACAGGGAAGCCAUUCAGUAUCUUAUCUCCCAUACACAACAUCUAGCUUACCCAAAGGAUCCAUGAAGAAGAUAGAAAUUACAGUUGAACCCUCUCAAAGACCUGGGACAGCAAUGAACAGGAGCCCUUCACCUAUCAGUAAUCAGCCGUCUCCACGGAAUCAGCACUCACUGUACACAGCCACCACACCACCUUCAAGUUCUCCUUCGAGAGGGAUAUCCAGUCAACCAAAACCUCCAUUUAGUGUUAAUCCUGUGUACAUUACAUAUACACAGCCAACCGGACCUUCAUGUGCUCCAUCACCAUCUCCUCGAGUGAUACCAAACCCAACAACAGUUUUUAAAAUUACUGUAGGUCGAGCAAUGACUGAAAAUCUUUUAAAUUUAGUGGACCAAGAAGAACGUUCUGCUGCGCCAGAACCUAUUCAGCCCAUUUCAGUGGUACCAGGCUCUGGGGGAGAAAAGGGAAGCCAUAAAUACCAGAGGAGUUCUAGUUCUGGAUCAGAUGACUAUGCCUAUACGCAAGCUUUGCUGUUACAUCAGCGAGCAAGGAUGGAGAGGUUAGCCAAGCAGUUGAAACUUGAGAAAGAGGAGCUAGAGCGGUUGAAGGCUGAAGUUAACAGUAUGGAGCAUGACCUGAUGCAGAGACGGCUCAGAAGGGUCAGCUGCACCACUGCGGUCCCCACGCCUGAGGAAAUGACAAGAUUGAGAAGCAUGAACAGACAACUCCAGAUAAAUGUUGACUGUACACUGAAAGAAGUUGACCUCCUUCAAUCUAGAGGAAACUUUGAUCCAAAAGCCAUGAAUAAUUUUUAUGACAACAUAGAACCUGGCCCAGUUGUACCACCAAAGCCAUCUAAAAAAGAUUCGUCAGACCCUUGCACAAUUGAGAGGAAAGCCCGAAGAAUUAGCGUGACCUCCAAAGUACAGGCAGACGUCCAUGACACCCAGGCAGCAGCUGCUGAGGAGCAUCUAACUGGCUCCAAACAGAGUCCCCGGACACAACCCCGCGAUGAAGACUAUGAGGGGGCCCCAUGGAAUUGUGAUAGCUGCACCUUCCUGAACCACCCCGCACUGAACCGCUGUGAGCAGUGCGAGAUGCCACGGUACACUUGAACUCCCAAGAGUCCACGUCGACUUGAGAGAGAAACUGGGAGCACCCACUAGAAGAAAAGGAACCUUGGGAGUCUGUGCAUCUGCCCGGCCUUUUCAUUUCUGAUUCCACCGGGGGAGGAGCAGUGCCCCUCUAGGGCUCGUGCUCACUCAAGAAAAAUGGGGUGUUCUCUUUAUUUUGUGUUUUUGUUUUUUUCCUUUCUUGACUCAUUGCAGAGUGAGAUAGAAAGGGAUACUUGAAACUGGGAAAGGAUUCACUCCUGAAAGAAUGUCCACAGAGAAGUCAAGAACCCUUCUGUGGACUCCCAGUUGUUAAAGUUACUGCUGAGCGGCCCUCACUUUAUAAACUAGAACUUUCAAUCAUGCUGUGACAUGUUACCUACAGUUCAUGCAGACUGACUGUGACUUCCCGGGGCAGACUGCCCUGGUCACAGCUCUCUAGAAAACCAAGGUUCCCCAGGCUUCUUCCCAUUGUUGCCUACUGAGAAGGACAGGAAAAAGCACCCAGAACAUGACUUUUUUUGUGGGGGAGGGGGAAGCAAAAUAAUAAGGGUAUUUGUAAUUGCUGUUUUCAGAGGUAAUUUCAAACACAAACACAGUGGCUUAAAAUGUGCUUUGUAGCAGUCAGGAAUGAGGCAUAUCUUGCCCUUCCUUCAAAAGUACAAUCAGAGGUGAUAAGAUCUCUUUUACUUGUACAAUAAUUCAUCGAGCUAAAUCAACACUGGUAACUAAGACCUAAUGAUGCCACAUAGUAGAUAUAAUUUUUAAGUUACUGCAUGCUUUUAUUAGGCCAUUGGCUUUAAAAGUAACAAGUCCUUACCAAGUACGAUUUUAUGAAUGACCUUCUCAUAAAACUUUGCUUUGCCAAUAGCACAGUGAAUGUACGCCAAAUGUAAAUCCAUUCCAAAAUGCAUUUGGUAAUCUUGAGCUCAGCUGUGGUUCUGUAAGAAAUGUUUGCAGUCCAUAGGGCCUUUUUUUUUUCCUCCUUCCAGUUUUGUAACAAAUUCACGAUGUUUACAGCACAGUGUUUUGUGCCAGAAUCCUUACUUAGCUGAAAAAAAAAAUUAGCUGUUCAAUACAGAUUGAUUUGCACAUGUUAAUAAACCAGUGUGAGGGAAAUCACAGUUGGUCAAGAUCAUAAAGUUGUACACUGCAUUACUUGGGAGGAAGAGAAGGCUAGUCAAGAAACAGGAUUAAGAGAAAGGUGAAUACCAAGGACUUUAAAACUAAGAACUGUUUCAAUUUAACAUAUGGUAUUCAGAGGUAAUACUGAGUUUGUUCAACUAGUUCAGGUGAUACUAAAGCACUCCUUGUUUAUGAAACCCCAACUUUAGGGCAUGAAUAACUGAAGAGAUAUAAAAUCAUGUGACUCACUAGGGUGUACCACUGGAAAAUUAUGAAUAGGACAUUUAAUGAAGGUCUCUAUCACUGUUGAAUUUCCUUCCUAGCUCAGAAUUGGAUUUUGGAAUCUUCCUGUUAUUUGGGUGAAUAUAAAUAGCAAUAAAGUCAGUAGGGCUUCUGAUCCUAAAGGAUUUUACCAGAGGUUUUAAUUUGAGGACUCUCUACUCUCCCAUACCGUGUGCCCCACUACACACACACACACACACACACACACACACACACACACUCCCUCCCUCUCUCUCUCUCUCUCUCUCUCUCUCUCUCUCUCUCUCCCCCCCUCCUCUCCCAUACCGUGUGCCCCACUACACACACACACACACACACACACACACACACACACACACACACUCUUCAAGCUCUCAUUGUAUUCUACUUUAGAAGUGAUAUCUGGCAGACCUGGAAAAACAAGCUGCACUUAAUAGUAUAAUGAAACCAAAGGCUUAAUAACCCAUCAUCAUUUUCCAUCAAAAUCAUCUAAUUUCACACUCGGCGUACAGCUUUGAAGACGUUUUUUUCCUAUGUGGAAAAUGCCCCCCCCCCCCAAUUAUCCACUCGUCUCACAAAAGUAUGCGUGGCUAUGUGAUGACACUGAUAAAACAUCUCUCAUAAAACUGUGGCCAAACUGUGAAAAUAAUGGUGAGAAAACAGAUGGGCUUAAAAGCAUUGACCUGAAAACGGCAUUCUUUUAAGGUUUCUGUGACACUGGGAUCUGUCCGUCUCCAGUAGCCGUCUCUCAGUCCUACUAUUCUAUAAUAUGCCAAGGCCUUCGCCUUUGUAUGGUUUCGUAUCUCUUUAGGGAUGAUCAACCCCACUUGGUAUUAAGUAACAAAUUAGGGGAAAAACAUAUAUCCUGCUUGGUGUUCUAGCUAAAGGUUUACCAGUAUUCUUAGAUCUGCUGAAGGGGCAGCAGUUAACUUGGCACUUGUCGGUUGAGAAUGAAAGUAGCAUGUAUGCAAACAGUCGGAUGCUAUAUUAAAACCCUGUAGAUGACUACAACUAUUGCAUGAACACACAUCCAGGUUAGUAAGCUGUUCUCAUACCCUAGAUGCAUGGUUCCAGUCCUUUGGUGAUCUAUCUAGUAAAUCAUCGUUUUCACCUGCCAGGCAAAAGAAGCAACCAGUCUCUCUGAUAGGUUAGAGGGUGGGGUAGGAGACAUCAGAGCUGGAUUUUAAAGAUGUUUCGUCUGUGUUCAGUUCUGGUUGUGCCCAAGUUUCAUAGGCCAGCAUAGGCUGUAUUCAGUUUUUCAAGUAAGCAAAACUGUCUGACACUGACACAUUUGGGAGGUUUACCUGUGUCCCCUGUAUAUACUUGCCCGUGACCGCUUUAAGCAAGAAUUCAGUCCACUUUCAAGGUGCCUUUGCAAAAGGUCUCCUGGUCAGAUGGAUGUGCAGGCACAGUCGGCAUCGGAGUGGGAGGAGAGAAGGCGCGCAGUGCCCAUCUGCCGCCCUACUUCGGCUCUCUGGUUCCGUGGGUGCACUUUGUGUUUCUAGUAAAAAGUAUUGUUUCUGAAAACAUGACUAGUUUGAUGUACCUGGUAACACAUAGGCCUGACGAUACAUGUUACACUAUUUCAUGGCUUUGUAAACUGGGUUUUUAGAAAGCACAUUUGCUGUUUUGUUAAAAGUACAUUGCCCCUUAACUUUUGGAGUAGGUCUGCAGAAUUUAAAGUGGGAAUAGAGGAGCCAGAAACUUGCUACGCAUUGUCAAAUGUUUGGAAUUGAUAAUGACCUUGUAUGCGAGAGCAAAGAGGCAGGAGGUUUUAAAGAAAUAACUGCAUUGUAGAAAAGGUAGUUUUAGAGAAGAUAAAGGAUUGUGGGGAAAGUGUUGCUAAUUUGUUUAUUUCCCUGAACGAAAUGGGAAGUGUGAUGAGCAGUUUAAUUUUUAAGGAGCUGGUCUCGAUUUUAGUACUUUUUAAUUAUUAAAAAAAAAUACCGUUUCCGUAAAUUUUGUCAUUGUUUUGUCCCGGUUAUUGAGGGUUCAUAUCCAGCUUUCUGUGGCAACUCCGUUUUAUAUAGUAUUUUAAAAGGUGACUGUAAUAAUGUCUUUGACAGUAUAAACAAAAAACAAGGAUAUAAGGCAUAGAAAAUUUGUCCUUUGAAAAUAUCGGUGAUGUAUCCUGGAAUGUGAAGAUGUCCCUUCAUAGUUAAAUUUGAUCUAUUUUACUGUUGUAACCACUGUUCAGACUUUGAAUGAAUCCAUGUUACAGUGUGUGUCUGUAUAUUGGUCGAGCAAGAAAAAUGACCACUGAAAUAUUAACUAUAAAAAAUCAGAAUAAAUUGGGCACUGUCUGUUGCACCACUACUGUAUCUCUUUGAAAGAAUUAACAGUAUUUUCUUAUUGUAAAAGUUAAUUCUGAUGACGUUUUCACAUUCACUAGACCUGCAUUUUUUUUAUUAUUUGCAUCCCCAAAUAUUUAAUACAAGUAGAUUUUGCAUGGCUUGGGCAUUCAGAGAUUAAUAGGAUGAUGACAGUCUUAGUUUCUAAAGCCAUGAAAAGUUGCUUUGAGACUGAACAAUUCUGAAUUCUUAUUUAUAAUGACACCCAAUGUCCAUGUUUCCCUACUGUAAAAGAAUUGAUGUUUCUUCAUUAAAACAGCAAGAACUUAUUAAAUCUUGUAAAUACCAUGUUUCUUUUAGAUUUCUGUGUAUGCUGUGAAUCAUUUUGAGGUGAAAUUGUACAAAAGCAUCUUAAAAGGCUAUGCAUGCAUCGUACUUCCAAACAGUACAUAUUCGGAAAUUCAAAGAUUCCUGCAAAAUAAAUUAAUAAACUAAAAGCAAACACUACAUUCUGCAUCUUUUCUGUGUAGUUAGAAAUGAUUUAUAGUAUCAAACUAGUC